AUGAUCACUUCUCGCAUAGUGCUUGAUGAAGAAGCUGUUAAGCUACCCCGCUAUGCAGUACCGCCCCCUCACGCAGCUAUGGCAUUCGCCUCAGGAAGUACAUCUCGUCCUAGUAGUACAUUAUCGAGUCGUGGGGGGUCAUGUGGCUCCACGUUGACAAAGUCUGAGGCAAGAUCGUCGUUUCUCAUCGCGGCAGUGGCCGAAAAUCGCGCACGUGAAAUAGGAAUCUGUGCGAUCGAUCUGGUGUCCCCUUAUGAGCUCCUCUUGUGGACGGUUAUUGACUCGCAUUCUUACGUAAACGCACUGUCACUUCUUAAAGCCUAUCAGCCAGUUGAAAUUCUCGUGACCGAAACCUCAAAGGCUAAAAAAGUCAACGAGGAAAUUUGUAAAAACUUUGCUGGAUCGAGUUGUCGAGUCGUCCCGCUUGCACGAAAGUAUUUUGAUCAGACAAAAGGAGCAGAAGAUAUUAAACGAGUGAUGGCAAACAGUGUCGAUAUAAAUAUCGGAAGGAACUACGUUGCUAUGGCAUCCGUAGCAUGUGUCAUGAAGUACAUCGAGUAUAUUCAAGGGGUAUACAUUGCCGAAAAGAGCAUGAAGAUUGUUAUUAGCCCAUCGAUAUGCAAGCUGCUUAUGGACCAGGCGACAAUUUCAUCACUCGAAUUAGUCCAAGGUGCACAAGGGAGAAAGGAUAAUCAGUCUCUUUGCAAAAUGCUAAAUAACACUCAGACCUCGGCUGGGAAUCGGCUGUUAAGAUCUACGAUACUGCAACCGACAUGCCACCUGAAAACUAUUCAUGCGCGGCAUGAAGUCGUUGGGGUCUUCCUCGAUAACCCUGCUUGGUAUUUCGAUGUUAUGGAGGAGCUACGUGAAUUUGUUGAUUUGGAUCGAUUGCUGAGUCAACUUGUUUUUGUUCCGAAAGCUAUCACGCCACGUGCUUCACGAAUCGCCAUUGGCAGUGUAAUUGCGCUGAAACAUAUGUUAGACUGUCUGCCGAAAAUGGUUUCGUGCUUGGAAGCAGCCUCAGUGAAGUUAGAUCAACCGUGUACAUUGCUCGACUCGAUAAUUGUGAUUUUGCGCGACGAGCAAUUCACAGGCAUCAAAGCAGACAUUGAGCGCGUUGUAAACGACAGAGUCAAGGUUUGUCGUUCUGCUGCACAAAAGCGUAUCCAAGAAUGUUUUGCCGUCAGAGCGGGUGUUGAUGGCAUGCUUGACGUCGCUCGUCGAACUUAUCUUGACACAAUCGAGAAAAUUCACGAAGUUGUACACACUUACAAGGAAAAUAUUGGCUUCCCUAUUCGGCUUAAUUAUACGGCAAGACGAGGAUAUCAUUUGGCCGUCCCCGUUAAUAUCAAGGAGUUACCUUCGAGCUUCAUCGAGAGGGUAACAAAUCGAAAUGUGAUCUGUUGCUCUACCAAAGUAUUAGUUUCGCUUAAUGUGAGGCUUACGGAAGCCGUAACCGCGGUCUACAAGUUGUCAAAUGAUGUAAUUCAACAGCUCCUUGACAAAAUCCGCCCUCGAGCCUCGGCUAUGCACGCUAUGGUUGAAAGUAUUGCAUUGCUUGAUAUGCUUCUCAGCUUUGUAAAUGUUGUAGCUCUCUCGCCUCCAGAUCGGCCAUAUACGAGGCCAACAGUUACCGAGCACGGGAAUUUUAUCAUCAAGAAAGGACGACAUCCGCUCGUUGAGUGCGUCCUAAAAGAUCGGCGAUAUAUCCCAAGCGACACUUUCUUUGAUCCAUCUAGUACAUUCCAUCUCGUCACUGGCCCAAAUUGUGCAGGCAAGUCGACGUAUUUGCGGGCUACAGCACUUAUUACAAUCAUGGCUCAAAUGGGGUGUUACGUUCCUGCUUCUGACGCCGCUAUCCCGAUUCGAGAUCGAAUUUGUACCAGAUUUGGGACGUCGGAUGAUAUGGAAGAGAAUGCAAGUUCUUUUGCCGUUGAGAUGACUGAGACAGCGUUCAUCCUGGAAACAUGCACAUCGAGAUCCUUAGUAUUAAUCGAUGAAUUAGGUCGAGGCACAGCCAACGACGAGGGGGCCGCGAUUGCAUGGAGCAUUGGUGAGGAGUUAAUACAAAGAGGAGCAUUCACGUGCUUUGCAACCCAUUAUCAUCAACUUAAUUACCUCUCUCAGCUCUAUCCUCGCUGCCGAUGCUACCACAUGGGAGCAGGAAUCACUACCAAUUCUUUUCACUUUCGUUACGUUCUAAAGGAUGGCCCUUUUCCAUCCACCGACAUGUAUGGAAUCAAGACAGCUGCGCUUAGUGGGCUGCCAACAGGAUUGAUUCGUGAAGCAGAGGAAAUAUACCAAACGGUGCAACUUAACCGCGAAACUCAUGAGAACUCGAUGCAUGAAGUCUCAACGAUCAAUUGUGUCGAGAAGAUCAACAGGAAUUUGCUGCAUCAUUUAUAUGUGCUUCGUUGUGCAGAUCUAAACUUUGAAGAUCUUCGCCGCCAACUUCACCAUCUUCAAACUCGAUUUUUAGCCCCGACAGCAAAAUUGCAAUAA